UCAGUUCCAAGUCACAGAUUCACAUUAACUCUCGCUGUCUGGUCUGCACUCAGCAAACACCAAAAGAAACAUCCUCUGAAAAAGAAAGAACAAAAACGAGGAAUGUUCAUCUUCUUCUUGUUCUUCUUUUCCUUUUAAACUCUAAUCCAAAAAUCCAAUUUUUACAGAGGAAAUUGAAAAAAAAAGGUGGGAGGAACUGAAGAGAAAAGAUGGGUGCGGUGACUUCAUCUAUGGCUGCAAAGUUUGCGUUUUUUCCACCCAACCCACCUUCAUACAAGCUAGUUAAAGAUGAAGCAACUGGGAUUUUGCUUUUAGACCCUUUCCCUCAUCGUGAAAACGUCGACGUUUGGCGUCUCCCAACUCGCCGUGGCUCCGAAAUCGUUGCUGUGUACGUGAGGUACCCUAUGGCCACCUCAACUCUGCUCUACUCGCAUGGGAAUGCGGCUGAUGUUGGCCAAAUGCAUGAGCUUUUCAUCGAACUCAGCAUCCACUUAAGAGUCAAUCUCAUGGGGUAUGACUACUCUGGCUAUGGACAAUCAUCAGGAAAGCCCAGUGAGCAGAAUACGUAUGCUGACAUUGAAGCUGCAUACAAGUGUCUUGAAGAUAGCUACGGUGCCAAGCAAGAAAAUGUCAUCCUUUAUGGUCAGUCUGUGGGAAGUGGUCCUACCGUGGAUUUUGCUGCUCGGUUACCUCGACUAAGAGCUGUUGUUCUGCAUAGUCCUAUAUUAUCAGGAUUAAGAGUCAUGUAUCCUGUGAAGCGCAGUUAUUGGUUUGACAUCUACAAGAAUAUUGACAAAAUCUCACUGGUAAAGUGUCCUGUGCUGAUAAUUCACGGAACGAACGAUGAUGUUGUUGACUGCUCUCACGGGAAGCAACUUUGGGAGCUAUGCCAAGAGAAAUAUGAACCAUUAUGGGUCAAGGGAGGAAAUCACUGCGAUUUGGAACUCUAUCCUGAGUAUAUUAAGCAUCUCAAGAAAUUUAUAUCAACAGUCGAGAAAUCACCUUCUCGAAGAAAUGGUUCUCGGAGAAGUACAGAUGGUAUUGAACAAACUAGGCAAAGUACUGACUACUAUGAGGCUCCAAGAAGGAGUGUAGACCGCAGGGAUAAACCAAGGAAAAGCACUGAUAGCAGGGACAAACAAAGAAAAAGUGCUGACAGGUCAGAAAAACUGAAAUGUCAUGGGUAUAGUAAAUUUAAUAACAUCAACAAACUAGAAAAGCUUAGAAUAUCCUUAGACCAGAUGGAAAGGAUAGAGAGGUCACGCAGAAGUGUGGAAUACCAUGAUAAAUCCAGGAGAAGCAUUGAACACCAGCUAGAAAAAGCAAGGAAGAGUGUUGAUUGGUUAAGAUAGAAUCCGUACAGUUUAGAAGUUCCUAAAAUCAGUUCGCUUGGUUUGUUCUAGUGGUAAGGAAUAGAUAAAGUGGAAACAAGAGAAAAGGGGGAAUUGUUUUGGACUAAUAAGUUAUUGUUUUAGAAUUUGUAUUUUCCUCUUCAAAGUUAUGUUGUAGGGUUUGGUAUAUGUUUGAGAUUUCUUCUCAUUGAUUUUCAAUGAAAGAUUCUAACCUGUCUGAUUUUUCUUGUGGAAAAUUGAAAUGAAAGCUUGUAAUUAACAACUAUUAUUUCAUUACAAUGUUUAGAUUUUUGUAUUGUAUACCAUGUUUGAAACUUUGGAUGUAUCAUAUGUUAGCUUGGUUGAUGGCUUCAUGCCUUGUCAAGCAAAAGACAGAUGGUUUUCUAAGCAGAAGAUAGAUGGUUCUCUCAGUUAGAGUUGGAACUUGUUUUUUAAGAAAUCAAA